AUGGCUCGGUGCUCUUUGCUCUUUACAGCGAUCUGGCUCGCGACACUCUCGAGUGCAUCAACAUCAUCCACACCAUCGAAAACUCCGACAAAGACCCCCAAGCCAUCGGCAUCUUCGAAAUGCUUCUACCCUAACGGCAAGCCCGAGCAAAACUUUUCAUACAAUUACCAACCUUGCGGUGGUAAGAACACUACUUGGAGCCAGUGCUGCAUUCCAGGGCAGGAUGUAUGCACUCCCGAUGGCCUGUGUACGCAUCUGACGAAUGCUGUCGGUGCGUAUGAUUAUAGGGGAGGAUGUACGAAUGCAGAUUGGUCGGGGUGUCCGCAGAUUUGCCUUGAUGUCUUGUCCAAUUCAUGGCUUCAGGUGAAGCAGUGCGCUUCAGGACAGUAUUGCUGCAAUCCGGACUUUGAUAAUGGAGAUUGCUGUAGGGACGGAAGUCGACGCUUUAGCUUGCUCGAUCGAAAUCCUGAUGCCAAGGGCGACGAUACUCCAGGGAAGACAAAUGGAACGAAUACUUCUAGUACGGCUAACACGAGUGCUACGACGCAAACGGACGAUAGUGCGGCUAAGCAAACGAGCGAUGAAGCGGCUCAGAAAACGGACGAUGGAGCGGACAAAAGUAAUAAAUCGGUCACGAUUGGGGCAGCGGUAGGGGGUUCUUUGGGUGGGAUUGCAUUGAUUGGCGGUAUCGUUGGAGUAUGGCUGUUGUUAAGGAAGAAGAAGCAGCAGAAGAUGGCACGGGUCGAGAAGGACGGACGAGAGGUGAAUUCGGGAACAGUGGAAUCAAUGGGGAUGAAGCAGACGUACACGCCGCUGGCUGAAGUAGAAGGACAGCCGGCGGUGGUGGAGGUAGAUUCAAGGGGGGUACAUGAGUUGGGAUAG